AUGGAGAUCUUCAAGAAACUUGAGAUCAACAUACCUUUCUUAGAAGUCCUGCAACAAAUGCCUUCAUAUGCCAAAUUCCUAAAGGAGCUCCUCACUAAGAAAAGGAAGUACAUUGAAGAGGAGACCAUUGAAGUUCAAGGAAACUACAGUGCUAUCAUACAAAAGCUGCUACCUGCCAAGUUGAAAGAUUCAGGAAGCUUCACCAUUCCUUGCACUAUUGGGAAUAUCUCUGUUGGAAAAGCACAAAUUGAAUUGGGAGCCAGUAUUAAUCUCAUGCCACUCUCCAUGUUUGAAAAGAUUGAAGGUUUGGAACUCAAGCCUACCCAGAUGAAUCUUCAACUAGCAGAUAGAUCUCUAAAAUAUCUUUAUGGGGUGGCUGAAGAUGUGCUUGUGAAGGUGGACAAAUUUCUUUUUCUUGUGGACUUUGUCAUCUUGGAGAUGGAGGAAGAUGUGAAUGUGCCUCUUAUUCUGGGGAGACCUUUUAUGAAGACUGCAAGAGUUUUGAUUGAUGUGGAAAACGACAAGCUAAAGGUAAGGGUGCAAGAUGAGGAAGUAAACUUUGAUGUUUUUUAA